AGGCGGGCAGGGACAAUUGUUAAAGUCAGCCUCUGGCUCCGGAACGCCGAGCGAAGAUGGCGGCGGCCAGGACCUGGAGGCUUGUCCUCCGCGGUCAGGGGCCGUCAUUGCACACCUCAGCUGAGGCCGCCGUCACAGCUCCAGAGGUGACCGGCCCCGAUGUCCCGGCGGCCCCUGUCGCGCGCUACCCGCCCGUUUUGGCCUCUCUGACUGCCAAGAGCAAAGCGGCUCGGCAGCGGCGAGUGGAGCGCUGGCAGGCGGCGGUGCACGCGGCCGCGGCGGUGGACGAGAAGCUGCGAAUCCUCACCAAGAUGCAGUUCAUGAAGUACGUGGUUUACCCCCAGACCUUCAGCCUGAACGCUGACCGCUGGUAUCAGGGCUUCACCAAGACUGUUUUCCUGUCAGGCCUCCCGCCGCCGCCCGCCGAGCCGGAGCAGGGGCCCUCCCUGGACCUUGCGGCCCUGCGCGCCGCCGCCUUUGACUGCCUCUUGCAAGAGCACUUCUACCUGCGGCGCCGGCGGCGGGCACCCCUCUUCCGGGAGCGUGAGGCCGUCGCCUCGACCUUCCUGGAUCAGCUGGCGGCCGCCCUUGUGGGCCUGCUCAGCGCGCACAACCCGACCCUGGCAGCAGCCUCCCUUGAUUAUAAACGCCCAGUUCACUUUUAUUGGUUGCGUGGUGAAGAAAUUAUUCCUUGUGGUCAUCGGAAAGGUCAUAUUGAUGCUUUGCGAUACCAAAUAAAUGAUAAACCACACAACCAGAUUCGAAUAUCCAAACAACUCCCAGAGUUUGUGCCUCUGGAUUAUUCUGUACCCAUAGAAAUCCCUGCUAUGAACUGUAAGCCAGACAAACUUCCAUUAUUCAAACGACAGUAUGAAAAUACCAUAUUUAUUGGCUCAAAGACAGCAGAUCCGUAUUGUUAUGGUCAUACCCAGUUUCAUCUGUUACCUGAAAAAUUAAAAAGAGAAAGGCUUUUGAAACAAAACUGUGCUGAUCAGAUAGAAGUUGUUUUUAGAGCUAAUGCUAUUGCAAGCCUUUUUGCUUGGACUGGAGCACAAGCUAUGUAUCAAGGAUUCUGGAGUGAAGCAGAUGUUACUCGGCCUUUUGUCUCUCAGGGUGUGAUUACAGACGGAAAGUACUUUUCCUUUUUCUGCUACCAGUUAAAUACUUUGGCACUGACUAAACAAGCUGACCAAAAUAACCCUCGUAAAAAUAUAUGUUGGGGAACACAAAGUAAGCCUCUUUAUGAAACAAUCGAAGAUAAUGAUGUGAAAGGUUUUGAUGACAAUGUACUACUUCAGAUAGUUCAAUUUCUACUGAAUAGACCGAAAGAAGACAAAUCACAGCUGAUGGAAAACUAACAAACAUUUGAUUCAGGACUUUGGGAUUACUUUAAUUUCACUGGCGGAACAAUGAAAGGAAUUUUAAUGAUGAGGCUUGUAACUAUCAAAUAUUAAUAAAUACAUUGAUUUUGACAUAUGUAUUUCUUACAUUGACCUGUGAUAGACCUUUCCAUUCUGCUCAAAAUAUACGCUGAAAGAUUGAAUAGAUAUAAUAUGUUGAUUUAAAAGUUAUUUUAUUUAUAUAUGAUUGAUAAGACUGAGUUACCUUCUGAGUUACCUUCAAUACCUGUUAUUACAUGUGAUUUUAGAAGUAUAAGAGAGGUAAUUCAAAUGUGUGAAAAUACGUAGAUGAUGAUGUUGUUGUUAAUAACAGAGUUUCAGAGUCCUACUUAAACUCCUUUAAAACAUGAACAAUAUUUUGUAAAUAUGAAGAGCUGUAAUCCAGAGAAAUUAAGUGACUUUCCAAAGGUUUCACAGAUGGUUAAUAACAUAACAUGAAUUAUAUGCAACUUUCUUAGCACUUAAGAGUAACAUUAACAUAAUUCAAUUGGUAUUCCUUGCUUUAUCCCCAAAAUUAGGAAACUUAAGUUGUCUGUUUCAAAAUCAAUUGUCAGUUGGUAAAGUUGUUAAUUUAGUUGAGAAGCCUAGGGAUUAUUUGCCACAAAUAAUUGCUGAAUUGAGGGCUAUCAUUUGAAAUAAUUCAGUUCAGCCGAAUGUUUAGUUUGCAAGGCAUUGUGCUGUGUUCCAUCUGUAGUGCACUACUGUCAGUUUACUUAGAAUGCCAUGUAAUUUCACUCCACCAUUCUUUUAUUUAAGCUGUUUCCAAAGCUUUAAAUACUGUUCUCUACUCUUGGUCCCCAUCUGUUCCAGUCUGUCUGUUGCUUUUCCAUUGCUCUUUCUUGGAAAAAUGCAGGUGUAUAGAAGGCGACCUUUUAGAACGAUUAUCUUUUAAUCUUGAUUCUCAGUUUCUAGCUUAUUGAACCUAAUUUGAGUUAGCCAACCUUGACUUCUGGCUCCAUAAAAUAAGACACUCUCACAAAGUUGUAAGGAUUAAAUGAGCUAGUGCAUGUGAAAGUGCUUUUAAAAUGCUAUACAAUUAAAAUAUUUUGGAUUUA